AGCUGAGCAUGCCAGAGCCGGCGCCGCUCGGAGGGGACAGGAAAGCAGUGGAGAGGAAGCGGGUGGAGAAGGUGGGAGCCAAGGCAGCACCUUCAGUGCCCAGGAGCCUCCCGGUGCAGAGCAAGGCAGAGCCCCCCAGCCUGGAGCCCUCGGAGGAGCCGCUGCUCUGGGAAGGGCUCACCCUCAACAAGUGCAUCCUGGUGGCCUCCGUGGUGGCCCUGCUCAGUGUCACCUUCCAGGUGCUCCAAGCACCAUGUUCCAAGGAGGGGAUCACCCGAGGCCGGCAGGAGCCUCCACCACCACCUCCUCCCCUUCCCGGUGGGUUCAGAGCUCCGUGUUGUCCCAGUCCCACAGAUCCAGACUGA